AUGCUGGUUUCUGACCAAGAGGAAUUUCCUCAUCUCAAUGCAUUGCUUCAAACCCAUCUUCCCAUUGGUCCCACGAGCAAAGCAUCAGCAUAUAUAGCACCAGGCACGUCCUCCAGGCAGGCGGCACGCAGCUUCACCAGGAGCCUCAGCAGCACCAGACAGCCAAGCACGAUGAAGCUUUCCAUGAUCGUCGUUUUCUGCUCCCUGGUCCUGGGUGUCAGCAGCCAAGGAUGGGGCACAUUCCUCAGGGAAGCUGGUCAAGGGGCCAAAGACAUGUGGAGAGCCUACUCUGACAUGAGAGAAGCCAAUUACAAAAACGCAGACAAAUACUUCCAUGCCCGGGGGAACUAUGACGCUGCACGAAGGGGACCAGGGGGCGCCUGGGCUGCUAAAGUGAUCAGCGAUGCCAGAGAGGGUUCUCAGAGAUUCACUGACCUGUUUAAGUACGGAUCCAGCGGCCAUGGAACGAGGGACUCGAGGGCUGACCAGGAAGCCAACAGAUGGGGCCGGAGAGGCAACAACCCCAAUCGCUACAGACCUGCUGGCCUGCCCAAAAAAUACUGAUCUUCACUCUGCUCCCAGGAGACGGGGCUGUGAGCCCCUGGGGUCAGGGACAGGAGUCAUUGACUUGUACAUCCCCAGAUGCUGACAGAGGCACAU